AUGGUGGCUGUCCUUGCUGUUUUGGCAUUCUACAUCCAACACAUGUUGGUGAACAUGGCUAAAGAAGAGGUGCAUAUACUACUGGGGGUCACCCAGGAGAUUGACAAGAUGGGAGUCAAGCUUGGAGAUCUCAAGAACUUCCUCACAGAUGCUGAUAGGAGGAACAUCACUGAUCUAAGUGUGAAGGCAUGGGUGGGAGAGCUUCGGGAUGCCAUGUAUGUUGCCACAAACAUCCUGGAUCUGUGCCAGCUCAAGGCCAUGGAGCAAGGCCCAAGCCGGGACAUGGGAUGCUUCAACCCAUUGCUAUUCUGCAUGCGGACUCCCCUCCAUGCCCAUGAUAUUGGAAACCGCAUCAAGAACCUUAACAAGAGGCUAGAUGACAUCAAGGCACGCAGCGCGUCAUUCAACUUCGUCAACCUUGGUUCCUAUGAGGACGAUGGAAGUAAGAAGGCAUCAUUUGGUUCAAGUACACGUGAGACAUCGGGGGCCCUCGAUGGAUCAGGUUUGGUUGUUGGAGGGAUUGGCAAGACCACCCUUGCCCAAAAGAUCUUUAAUAAUGACAUAAUACAACAAGAUUUCACAAAGAAAAUAUGGUUGAGUGUCAACCAAGACUUUGAUGAGAUUGAGCUGUUGAGGAGAGCAAUCUCUGAAGCUGGGGGAUACCACCAUGUUGCCGGAAAUGCAAAGACACUGCAAGAGCGAGCUCUAAUAGAAGCCUUAAAGGGACAUAGGACCUUAUUGAUAAUGGAUGAUGUCUGGGACUAUCGUGCAUGGGAGGGUGUGCUUAGAACGCCCUUCCUCAAUGCUGCCCUAGCUCAUGGUAGCCGUGUCCUCAUCACCACUAGGCAUGACAAUGUUGCACGAGGAAUGAUGGCAGAGGAACCCUACCACCAUAUCAAUAAACUUGACCCUGGGGAUGCAUGGUUGCUUCUCAAGAAACAGGUAGUUAGAAGUGUAAAUGAUGAGCCCCAGCUUGAAAUGCUAAAGGAUAUUGGAAUGGGAAUUAUAGAAAAAUGCGAUGGUUUACCACUCGCGGUCAAAGUUAUUGGAGGUCUGCUACGCCAGAAAAACAUAAGGCCAGUCGACUGGGAAAAUGUCUUAAAGGACUCUCUAUGGUCAGUUUCUCAAAUGCCUAAAGAGUUAAGCAAUUCAAUAUAUCUUAGCUAUGAUGACUUGGGUCCAGGCUUGAAACAUUGUUUUUUGCAUUACUCCCUCCUUCCUAAGGACACAAUUUUUUUGGUUGGUGACAUUGUUGGCAUGUGGAUCAGUGAAGGAUUUCUUCAUGGAACCUCACGUGACUUAGAGGAAAUAGGAAAAGAGUACUAUGACGAAUUAAUUCAGAGAAACCUUAUUGAGCCAAAUAAAAGGACAUCUAUAAAAAGUAUACCAGAGGGUUUUCGUGGUAUAACCUCUUUGAGGAAAUUACAUGGGUUUCCAACCCACAUGGAUGGUGAUCGGUGUAGUUUGCAAGAUCUGGGUCCUCUUUGCCAGCUAACUGAGCUUGGUAUAAGACUCAUGGAGAAUGUAUCUUCUUCAUCAUUUGCUACAGAAGUCAGGCUUAGUGUAAAGGCAUGCCUAAGAGAACUAGCACUAAGUUGCACCAGUAGACUUGGAGCUGAUGGUCGGCUGGAAAAAGAUAAAGAAGGCGACUCUGAGAAGAAGUUACAAAUUGAGGAGGUUUUUAAUGAGCUUUGCCCUCCAUCUUCCUUAGAAAACCUUCACAUCCAUGGGUAUUUUGGUCAGCGACUCCCAAGAUGGAUGAUGUCGACAGAAUCUAUGCCCCUUGAGAGCUUGAGAAUUCUGACAAUGGAUGAUCUGGCCUGCUGCACCGAACUUCCUGAUGGCCUGUGUCAGCUCCCAUGGUUGGAGCUCCUACAGAUCGACAGGGCCCCAGCCAUAAGGCGUCUUGGGCAAAAAUUCGUGUGUUGCAAGCGUUCUCGGGUAGCUGCUGGGUUCUCUAGAUUGCUCAAGCUAAAUUUUAUAGGAAUGGUGGAAUGGGAGGAGUGGGAGUGGGAGGAACAAGUGCAUGCCAUGCCUGUCUUGGAGUAUCUUCAACUCAAGAGAUGCAACUUGAGUCACGUUCCACGUGGCCUUGCCUUCCACACAAAGAAACUGAGGGAACUCCAUGUAAAUGACGUCAACUGCCUAAAAUCUUUGGACCACUUUUCUCAUGUUGUUCUGCUUGAAGCGUUCAGAAACACUGACCUGGAGAGGAUUAGUUUUCUACCAAGCCUGAAGAAUCUUGUCAUCUGCAACUGCCCCAGAAUGAAGGUAUUGAUGGGUGUACCAGCUCUCCAGACACUCCUGCUGGAGGAUUAUGGCAUGGAAACUCUACCAAGAUAUCUGAAGGAUGUAAACCCAAGGCAUUUGGAGCUACACUGCACCUUAUCGUUGCUCACAUCGAUUGCGGCAAGGAAAUCAAGCCCUGAGUGGGACAAGCUGAAACAUAUCCAGCAUGUCAAGGCCUAUGCCGACGGUAAUGGCAGGAAAUGGUACGUGAUGUACACAAGAGAUCCUUUCCACUUUGAGACAAAUAUCAGUCGAGCUACCAUUGGUCAAGCUACUCGUACAUUGCUCUUUGUUUCAUGCAGUAAACCAGAAUUGAUCAACGCGUGCAGGUGCAAUUGUUAUCGUCAUGUGGUCGCCUGGUUGCGUGGGGCAUGUCUGCACUGCAGUGAAGCCAUGGGCGUCGCCUCCUUGUCAGAGCAGUGGAUGGAAGCAGUCGGGUAUGCAGCGUAUAUUGGUUAUCAGACGACAUAUGGGCGGCUGCAACAGCAAAAGGAAACGUCAUCACGAGUGUAG